AAGAUUUGCCUUAUAAUACUACCUUCAUGCCUAAUCUUCUGAAUCAUUAUGACCAACAGACAGCAGCUUUAGCAAUGGAGCCAUUCCACCCUAUGGUGAAUCUGGAUUGUUCUCGGGAUUUCCGGCCAUUUCUUUGUGCGCUCUAUGCUCCUAUUUGUAUGGAAUAUGGUGUCACACUUCCCUGUCGUAGGCUGUGUCAGCGGCGGGCUUACAGCGAGUGUUCAAAGCUCAUGGAGAUGUUUGGUGUUCCUUGGCCUGAAGAUAUGGAAUGCAGUAGGUUCCCAGAUUGUGAUGAGCCGUAUCCUCGACUCGUGGAUCUGAACUUAGCUGGAGAUCCAACUGAAGGAGCUCCAGUGGCAGUGCAGAGGGACUAUGGUUUUUGGUGUCCCCGAGAGUUGAAAAUUGAUCCUGAUCUUGGUUAUUCCUUUUUGCACGUGCGUGAUUGUUCACCGCCUUGCCCAAAUAUGUACUUUAGGAGAGAAGAACUGUCAUUUGCUCGCUAUUUCAUAGGAUUGAUUUCAAUCAUUUGCCUCUCUGCCACGUUGUUUACUUUUUUAACUUUUUUGAUAGAUGUCACAAGAUUCCGUUAUCCUGAAAGGCCUAUUAUAUUUUAUGCAGUCUGCUACAUGAUGGUAUCAUUAAUUUUCUUUAUUGGCUUUUUGCUUGAGGAUCGAGUAGCCUGCAAUGCAUCUAGCCCUGCGCAGUAUAAGGCUUCCACAGUGACACAAGGAUCUCAUAAUAAAGCCUGUACCAUGCUUUUUAUGGUACUCUAUUUUUUCACUAUGGCUGGCAGUGUAUGGUGGGUAAUUCUCACCAUCACAUGGUUCUUAGCAGCUGUGCCAAAGUGGGGUAGUGAAGCUAUUGAGAAGAAGGCAUUGCUAUUUCAUGCCAGUGCAUGGGGCAUCCCCGGAACUCUAACUAUCAUCCUUCUGGCGAUGAAUAAAAUUGAAGGUGACAAUAUUAGUGGCGUGUGUUUUGUUGGGCUCUACGAUGUUGAUGCAUUGAGAUAUUUUGUUCUUGCUCCCCUCUGCCUAUAUGUGGUAGUCGGGGUUUCUCUGCUCUUAGCUGGCAUUAUAUCCCUAAACAGAGUUCGAAUUGAAAUUCCAUUAGAAAAGGAGAAUCAAGAUAAAUUAGUGAAGUUUAUGAUCCGGAUUGGUGUUUUCAGCAUUCUUUAUCUUGUACCACUCUUGGUUGUAAUUGGAUGCUACUUUUAUGAGCAAGCUUACCGUGGCAUCUGGGAAACAACGUGGAUACAAGAGCGCUGCAGAGAAUAUCAUAUUCCAUGUCCAUAUCAGGUUACUCAAAUGAGUCGGCCAGACCUGAUUCUCUUUCUGAUGAAAUACCUGAUGGCUCUCAUAGUUGGUAUUCCCUCCAUUUUUUGGGUUGGAAGCAAAAAGACAUGCUUUGAAUGGGCCAGUUUUUUUCAUGGUCGUAGGAAGAAAGAGAUAGUGAAUGAAAGCCGACAGGUACUCCAGGAGCCUGAUUUUGCUCAGUCUCUCCUGAGGGAUCCAAACACUCCUAUUAUAAGAAAAUCAAGGGGAACUUCCACUCAAGGAACAUCCACCCAUGCUUCCUCAACUCAGCUGGCCAUGGUGGAUGAUCAGAGAAGCAAGGCAGGGAGCGUUCACAGCAAAGUGAGCAGCUACCACGGCAGCCUCCAUAGAUCACGUGAUGGCAGGUACACACCCUGCAGUUACAGAGGAAUGGAGGAGAGACUACCUCAUGGCAGCAUGUCACGACUAACGGAUCACUCCAGGCAUAGUAGUUCUCACCGUCUCAAUGAACAGUCACGACAUAGUAGCAUCAGAGAUCUCAGUAACAAUCCCAUGACUCACAUCACACAUGGCACCAGCAUGAAUCGAGUUAUUGAAGAAGAUGGAACCAGUGCUUAAUGUGUCUUGUCUAAGGUGGAAAACUCAUGCUGUUUAAAAAGCAGAUUUUAUUCUUUGCCUUUGCAUGACUGAUUGCUGUGACUCACUGUUAUGCUUUCAGUCAGGUACAGAUUGUAUCCAUUGGAAAGGUAAACUUUUGCCAUUUAUAUUGCAUUAAACUUGGAACAUUAAGGCAUCCCAAACACUGAGAAUUAUAUCAUUAUAAAAGUAAUUCUUCUUUCUAGGUUAUAAAGAGAUAAUUAUUUGUCUGGUGAGCAUUUUUAUAAACCUGCUUAUUUUAUAUUUAGAAAAAUCCUAAAUGUGUGGUGACUGCUUUGUAGUGAACUUUCAUAUAAUAUGAACUAGUUGUGAGAUAACAUUCUGGUAGCUCAGUUAAUAAAGCAAUUUCAGAGUUAAAGAAAUUUUCUAUGCAAGGUUUAUUUCUCAGAUGAAUAGCAGGACUUUGUAGUUUUAUUUCCACUAAGUGAAAAAAGAACUGUGUUUUUAAACUGUAGGAGAAUUUGAUAAAUCAGCAAGGAUAUUUUAGCUAAUAGAAUGUAAGUGCAACAGAAGAAUCUGAUCAGUCUAUAGACAGUUGUCUCAAAAUUCUAUCAAUAUAAUCUCCAGAGAUAUUCAGGAUUUGGAUUAGCAAUGGAAUAAAAGCAGAGAUGGGCAUUUUUCCCUAUAAUUGUGAUGUUUUUAUAACUUUUGUAAAUAUUACUUUUACUGGCUGUGUUUUUAUAACAUCCAUAUGCAUGAUGGAAAAAUUUUAAUUUGUAGCUAUCUUUUCCCAUGUAAUAGUACACUGAUUCAUAGAAAAUUUCAUAUUCAAAUUUGCUCCAUGGAGGCAUGUAAUAAGAUAAGCAUCACACAUUAUAAGGUUUUUUGUGGUAACCACAAUUACAAAAUGGCAAAAUAUUUUCUCUGUAUUCAUUGUUGUAUUUUUCUACAGUGAGAUAUGAUCUUGCCAAAGCCACCAGACCUUGGUAUCCAGGCCCCUCCUACAGUGAGUUGAUUGUCUGCACUUGCAUUGCCCAGUAGCCAGUAGACUACAGCUUCUGCCCUACACCCUUAUUUUCAAAUUCUGGAUCAUUCUUGUUUACAUCUGACAUAUAUAUAACCUAAGUCCAAAGUGGUGAUUAAUUUGGAUAUCUGAAAAUCACUGUGGCUAAAUGAAGCAUGAUUAGUUUUACUAUGAAUAUCUUUUAAUCUUAAAAAUAUCGAGUAAAAAAUGUUUGACAUUUUAUCUUGUAAUGUUUAAAUAAUUUACAAUAUAAACUGUGAACCAUGUUAGGCAUGAAAUUGAUCAAAAGGGAAAGAAAAUUCUAGUAAAUGCUGGAUGUGUUAUGUAGAAAAGCAUAUUUAAACAAGUGGUCCUCAGCCUUGACUGCAGAUAAGAAUCACUUGGGAAACUUCUGAUGCCCAACACCUUCCUCUCUUUCAGAGGAGAAUCGGUAGAGUUUCUU